AUGAAGAAAGGUUCCCCAGGUGAAGAAUCCCUCUGGGUUUUGUCUAAGGUGAUUUUCCAACAGGAACCAGCGAUGGAGAGCCAGUUUUGGGGAAGAAAGAUUUCCCCGACCCUAGGCAGAGUUGGAGAGGCCAACCCCCUCUCGGCAUUCCAUUUCCAAAGAAGAGAAGAAAAUAUGAAGAAAGGUUCCCCAGGUGAAGAAUCCCUCUGGGUUUUGUCUAAGGUGAUUUUCCAACAGGAACCAGCGAUGGAGAGCCAGUUUUGGGGAAGAAAGAUUUCCCCGACCCUAGGCAGAGUUGGAGAGGCCAACCCCCUCUCGGCAUUCCAUUUCCAAAGAAGAGAAGAAACAUCCAGAUUGACAUCAUCAACAACAUCAGUGACGAACUACCAAACCACAAUUGUACAACCAUGCCUUGAUCCUCAGAGCCCAGCAUCAAGAAGUACAUGUCUUGGAUCAAAUGCUUCUAAUCUCCUGAAUUUGAAUUGUUUGAAUAGUGGUAGAACGAAUUUCACGAAUAAGCAACUCACUGAGUUAGAAAAAGAAUUCCACUUCAACAAAUAUCUGACGAGAGCAAGGAGGAUAGAAAUAGCUUCAGCAUUGCAACUGAAUGAAACUCAAGUAAAAAUCUGGUUUCAAAACAGGAGAAUGAAGCAGAAGAAGAGGAUGAAGGAAGGUUUGAUACCAACAGAGCUCAGUCUGAAUGCAGGAAGCAAUAGUAAUUCCCCAACAUCGACCAAUGUGUUACAAAUAGAAUCCAUAAGUGCUCGUAAUGAUAACGAUUGCGUGAUAGUACAGGAACUCCCCAAUGGACCUACAACCACUACUACUACAGUUGAAGUACAAAUACAUAGUGUAGUGCUAAAAGUGAAGCACGUAUUUCCGAACGAUGAAAUCAAACUACAACUGAUGCAACCCAUAAAAAAUGAUACACCUAUACUGAUUCCAUUCAGGAAAUGGGACCUCAGCCAAUUGCCUGCUCUUACAAACGGCGCAAAAAGUGAAAUCUGGGCAGUCAAAACGAGCGCUUCGGUGGAACGUCCUCGGUACGUUAUUGUGUGCUUCCAGAAAUCUAAACGUGACAAUGCAGAAGCUGAUGCUGCCCACUUUGAUAACACGAGCAUAGUUAGUAUCAGAUUAGCCCUUAAUGGUGAAUAUUGGCCUAAUGAGAGAAUGCAGCUGAAUUUUGCUAAACAAGACAACACCCUUGCUUACUACAACUAUACCAGGUUCUAUUCGAGCUAUUCACAUUCGACGGAGGUUCACCCAAUCUUGGAUUAUGGGGAAUUCAAACAGCAUGCAUUAUUUGUGAUUGCUUGUUCGAGGCAGGAAGAGACCAUGAAAUCAUCGACAGUUGAUAUAAAGCUUGAAAUCGAAGCCGAUAAAGGAUUCCCUGCUGACACCAAAGCCUAUUGCAUCAUCGUACAUGACUGUCUGCUAGAGUACUUUCCUCUAACGGAAGUCGUCAGAACCUUGAUUUGA